AUGGCAAAUAACACCCCAACAGAGCCAUCACCCGGCUCCAAGGCCGACAUUGCAGACGUCCCUACCAUAUCCCAUACCGAGAGCAGCCAAGUACAUUCCAAAUGGAAAUCGGCCAAGGUCGCCGAUGGCGAUACAGCCAUGACGCUAUUCGACGACCCCGACGAGCUCCAUGAAGAGAUCGAUCCCGCCGAGGCGAGAAAGUUAUUAUGGAAAAUCGACUUUAUGAUCCUUCCUUACCUUGCCGUCUGCUAUGCCUUUUUCUAUAUCGAUAAGACGACAUUGAGCUAUGCGGCUAUCUUUGGUAUCCGUGAUGACCUGAAAUUGCACGGGACUCAGUAUAACUGGCUGAGUAGUAUUUUCUAUUUUGGAUUCCUGGCUUGGGCAUUUCCAACUAAUUUCCUGAUGCAACGACUUCCAAUCGGCAAAUACUUAGGCGCCAACAUUUUCAUGUGGGGCGUCUUCCUCAUGAUCCAAGCAGCAUGCAACAGCUUCGAGACGCUCGCUGUCCUCCGAGCCCUUGGUGGAGCCGCCGAAGCCUGCUCAGACCCAGCUUUCAUGCUCAUCACAAGCAUGUGGUACACUCGGCGCGAACAGCCUGUUCGUAUCGGCUUGUGGUAUACCGCCAACGGAUUCGGGAUUGCACUCGGUGGCCUCCUCGGAUACGGCAUUGGUCAUAUUCGAGGUGCCUUGCCUUCCUGGAAAUACGAAUUUAUCGUAAUUGGAGCACUUUGCGCAACUUGGGGCAUUAUCAUGUUCAUCUUCCUCCCUGACUCGCCCGUCAAUGCCCCUGGUCUUACGAAGAGGGAGCGCCGGAUAGCGGUUGAUCGCAUCAGAGAGAAUCAGACUGGUGUGGAAAAUAAGCAUUUGAAACCAUAUCAAAUCAUCGAAGCCUUCAAGGACUACAAACUUUACAUGUUCUUCACUUUGGGUGUUGUCUGCAACGUUCCAAAUGGAGGUAUUUCAAAUUUUGGAACAAUUAUUAUCAAGGGCUUUGGCUUCUCAACUCUGGUCACAACGCUUAUGCAGAUCCCCUACGGCGUUUUGAUUGCCCUCUCAAUUCUGGCAUGUGUCUACCUCAAUGACCGCUUCGAGAAUCGACGAUGUGUUUUCGUUUUGAUCUUCUUGAUCCCUAAUCUUGUCGGUGCCUUUGGGCUUCGCUUUGUUCCCACGCAUCACAGUGUGGGUCGACUGAUCUGCUAUUACCUGACUGGGCCAUACAAUGCUGCUUUCGUCCUGAUUCUCAGUAUGCAGAUCGCAAACACUGCUGGGCACACAAAGAAGGUUGUCACCAAUGCAGUUCUAUUCCUAGGCUACUGCACGGGUAACAUCGCCGGACCAUUUUUCUACAAGACCGACCAAUCACCGACAUACCCACUUGGUAUUUGGUCGAUGAUUGUCUCGCAUCUUAUCGAAGCGGUGCUCAUUACUACCCUCGGAUUCCUUCUGCGAAGGGAGAAUAAGAAACGGGACCAGAUCCAGUCGCAGAUGCCAGGUGGCCUGGAAGGUCGCGAUCUAGACUCGACUGCAUUCUUGGAUUUGACUGACCGUGAGAACCUGAAUUUCCGAUACAUCUAUUGA